CUGUUGCAGUUUUUUCAAUAUCCAACACAUGAGUUUACCUAGCGGUCCUAAUCGUCCAUUAUUCAGCAAAAAAUGUUGCGUCUGUGUGCUGCAACUGGGCACCUUUGCUAACUUACAGUUGUGGAUUAUCACCAUAAGAAAUGAAAAUGCCUAGAAUGAUCUGAUGAACAAGACGAUGCAGUCGAGUGGCUCUCAUGUCUGCGCGUGUCUGUGUGUUGCUUUUUGGAUGCUGCAUUUGCUCUUUCAGGCAUUCACUCAGUAAUAAUACUUCUUCACAAUCAGCAACCGUGUGUAACAUGAGGAAACUUCCUAACUGUCACUUUCCUCUCUUACAAACAUUCAGUUAUGGAGCUCUGAAGAGAGCAGAUCAGAGAAGAAUACGCUCGAUGAAGAUCCACCUAUAGAAAGCCUCUAACUGCCAGUUCAUCAAAGACGUUUGUCCAGAUACUGAAUUAUGUACUAUUGCUAGCUGCAGGGUUUACAGUUAGUAUCCUCAAUAUUUGUCCUUGCAGAUUUUGUCCAAUUUGUUUUCCUGCACUUGUACAAAAAAUACUCUUAACUAUUCAGAUUGUGACCGCGCUGUAUUUCUGAGAGCUAAAAUGGAGUCUUUAAUAUUCAGUAUUAAACGUGCUGCAGGCUCAUACAACAAUAGCUUUGUCUCCAGCAGACAAUCUCCAGUUGUUCUUAUCACAUAAUCUAACCCCACCUCUUUAAUUACCCAGCAUGCCCCACUCUCCACGCCUCAAUGGCCUCUUUUGUUGACGUCCACUCUCUUCCACGUGAACCUUUGUCUUGUUUUAAAUGCAGGUUUUUGUUGUCAGUUGCAUUUUCAUUCAGAUUUCUUUUUAAGAGCCAUAUUUGAAGGCACUACAUAAUAUAUGACCUGAAUAUACAAUCUAUAAGGCAUUUGAUUAAACAAAAACAUGUACAAAAACGUAUUGAUUUAUACAUAACUUUGAUCAAUAUUGAUAAAAUGUUACAAAGUAAAUAGUGAAAUUAGCUCUGUUUAGUUUUAGAUAAUUCCCUAUUGUCACUAAAAAAUGUAGUUCUGUGUUAUAUAAUGCAACAUAAUAUUUUACAUGAUAUGAUCUAAGAUAUUAAAAAGACAAACCUAAAAUAACUUCUGAUGGGAUAGUUGUAUCGACAUGGUCGACUUUGUCCCUGUUGUAGUCUUUGUUUUUCUCAUGCUUCUGUCUCAGGAGUAACUUCAGUAUCAGCUUCAGAUUGGCUGCUCAGAAGAGAGUGGUCGUAUAUAGUUGAACAUUUUGACUUGUGCUUCAGUAAACUGAUCGUGGGUCAGUACAGUUGAGUGAUGGGGAACAAAAGGACUCAGUCUUGAAUGUGCGCGUGUGUGUGACAUCUGAGCCACUCUCAGAUCAGUCAGCAGCCUCCCUCACUUCUCAAACACAAACUGCAGCACUUGCAUCUGAUUCUACUCGAGGUAAGGCAUCAUCACUACUUAUUCUUUCUUCUUGAUUCUUUUUUUUCUUCAGGCACAGUUCACCCCGAAACUUAUUUAUUAGACACGUGUUUGGCCCUUGUCAGAGCUGGAAGGUUUUUGAACCUUUUGUCUGAUGUCUGCUUUUUUGGUUUUCGUCGAAUGUUUUUUUUAUGUCAGUUUAAUAACAGUUUAUCGUAAAAAAUAUAUGUUAUAUUUUGAUAUGCUUUUGAUUAUAAUUUCUCCUUAUUUUACCAUGUUUAAUGAAAUGCUGUUGUUGAACUUAGUUUGUCUCUUACAGCAUCAUGCAGUGGAAUUAACAUGUUGACGAAUAUUAUUACUCAAACUAUACACCAUCUUUACUCAUGUGGAUAAUGUGUCAUAACUACUUCUGUGAAUCAUUAGUGCUUUUUAUAUUCACACUAUUUUCAUUCCAAUAAUGGUGGAUCUGCACCAGUGGCUUCAACGACACACCUUUGUAUGGUCUUCAACUUAAAGAUCCAAAAUAUUUCGUCAGCACAAAAAUAAAUUUUUGUUGUAUGUUUCGAAAAAAAAAAAAAAAAAUACCGUGGUUUGUACUUAUAAAAAUUAGGACACACAAAAUGCAGGUUUAAGUAAAGCCAACUGAACAAGUAAAUAUUGGAUUAAAAAUUUCUGGUUGUAAAUAAUGAAACACUAAAAAACAAUAAGCCACAUGACAUACAGCUAGAACAAUCUUAUCCAAUUCAUUCAAAAUGACCCAAAUUUAACCACACUAUACAACAAAAAUCGACCUGUCUCUGUGACUCUCAGGGGUCUCCAUGGAGCGUCAGGUGGUCCACCGGGCCAGAGAGGCUUUCUUGAGCGGUCGGACCCGCUCUCUGGAGUUCAGACGCCAGCAGCUGCAGAACCUGCAGAUGAUGGUCACUGAGAGAGAGUCUGAGAUCGCCACCGCGCUCAAGCAGGACAUCAAUCGAAGCCAGUACGACACUGCUCUGUUGGAGCUCAUCAGUAUAGAGAACGAGAUCAAGUUUGCUCUGGACAAACUGGACAAGUGGACAUCUCCACAGCCGGUGGAGAAGAACCUUCUCACAGUGUCCGACGAGGUUUACAUCCAUCCCGAGCCUCUGGGCCUGGUGCUCAUCAUCGGAGCCUGGAACUAUCCGUGGGCCCUCACACUGCUUCCACUGGUCGGCGCCAUUGCUGCAGGCAACGGAGCUGUGGUCAAACCUGCCGAGCUGAGCGAGUACUCGUCCCUCCUCCUCCGAGCGCUGCUGCCCCGCUAUCUGGACAUGGAUCUCUACCCCGUGGUGACCGGCGGAGCGUCAGUGACUCAGGAGCUGCUGAAGCUCAGAUUUGACCACAUCUUCUUCACAGGAAGCAGCUCAGUGGGCAGAGUGGUGAUGGAGUCUGCUUCCCGCUACCUCACCCCUGUGACCCUUGAACUAGGAGGGAAGAGCCCCUGCUACAUUGACAAGAACUGUGACAUCAGAGUGGCCUGCCGCCGCAUCACAUGGGGCAAGUUCAUCAACUGCGGUCAGACCUGCAUCGCUCCAGACUACAUCCUGUGUGAACCCUGCAUCCAGGGCCGCGUGGUGGAGUGCAUCCGACAAACCUUGCGGGAAUUUUAUGGAGCUGAUCCCAAACUUUCCCCAGACUACGGUCGCAUCAUCAACCGGCCCCACUUCAACAGAAUAAUGAGUCUGAUGGAGGGUUACGUUCCUGUGGUGGGGGGCCAGAGUGAUGCCUCGCAGUGCUACAUCGCUCCCACGGUGUUGAAGGACGUCCCCCCUCAGUCCAGGCUGAUGCAGGAGGAGAUCUUCGGCCCCCUGCUGCCCAUCGUGACCGUCAGUGACAUGGACGACGCCAUCAGUUUCAUCAACGAGAGGGAGAAGCCUCUGGCGCUCUACAUCUUCUGCUCCGACAAGCUGGCGACCAAAAGGAUGAUUCAGGAGACUUCCAGUGGAGGGGUGACGGUGAAUGACGUCAUGAUGCACUACACUCUUUGUUCGCUGCCAUUUGGGGGCGUUGGUCAGAGUGGAAUGGGCCGCUACCAUGGCAAGCACACCUUUGACCAGCUCAGCCACCACAAGGCAUGUCUGAUCCGCUCGCUGGGCAUGGAGAGUGUAAACCGGUCGCGGUACCCACCCCAGGACCGGAGACGGGCCCGCAAGGUUCACAUGGCGCUGCGGUCCCCCAUGAUCGACAUGUCUAAGAGGACCUACGUGUGGGCCGUGUGCAUGACCGUCCUGACCGUGGGUCUGCUCAUCACCCUCACGGUCAUCCUGCUCAUCGCUGCCGGACUCAACUGUACCUGCUGGUACUGGAGGGGGUUCUACAAUUAGAGAUGGGACCAAAUAUGGACACCUGAAUUUAGGAGAUUCUUCUUUCUUUGUGUGUGUGGUUUUGUUUUGUUUUUUACAUUUUGUACAAGUCUCACAUCCUUUCUUCUUAUUUAAAAUAAUGAUUUGUGUCAUGUUAUCUUUCCAUUGAAAACAUUCUAACAGAAGUGUUCUGUUCAGAUGUGAUCAGGUUUCUGUAAUGGUGCGAUGCUGUCACUAGAUGGCGCCUCAAUGCCGUCGUCACACGGUACCUACUGUACGUCGUCGUGUUACGAUCAGGCAAAUGAAAUAAACACCGUCAAGUCUGUUUAAAAAUGACAUGAUUAUCUGUGCGUUUGGCUCACAUUGACGUUCAGUGUGAAA